AUGGAGGAAGACAUGGAGGGUUCAACGCUGACACAGAGGAGGGCUGAGUGUCAGUUGAAGGAAAGGGAGAUCCAGACAGACUACAUGAUGGAGCUGGGAGCCAGGUUGGCUCUGGUGAGACAGAUCCAGAGGGAGCAGGAGAAGGAGAUGAAGAGGAUUUGGUUUGAGACGAGGAAAAUGCCAAGCCUGAUUGAGGAGAAUGUGAGAGAUGUGACCAACCGUCCACUCACUGAGUUCAUGGCUCCCUGUAUUGACUCCCUCCCACCACUGGCUUUCACCAAUCGGAGGCCUAUACCAACCAUGUUGCAUCCCCCCUCUCCAUUGGCCAUACGCACUCAGGAUGCACAGCGGUUCAUUGUAUUCUCCUACUUUGUCCCUGCUGAGUGCCCAGGUUCCACAGAGGCCACUGCAGAUGUAUCUGCUGGUACAAGAGAGGACUUAUCGACAGAUACACAUCUAUCCUCAAAGCUGCAUCGAUACCUGCCACACUUCUUUAACGAUGACUCCAUUCCACCACAGCAGACAGUAGAGGGAACCACUGAGGUCUCAGUUGCUCCAGUGGCAAUAUCUAAUAUCAAGGAAGAGGACAGAUUCUAUCCUUUCUCCCUCCCACCACUGGCUCAGCGGCUCAUUGGCAAUUCAUUCAAUGUCCCGGAAACAUCCCAGCUUGCUGUUUCAGCCACGGAGUGCCGAGUUGCCACAGUGGACACUGCAGGUACAGCAACUGUCAAGAGAGAGAACCGAUGGGCAGCUAGAAUUCUUCCUUCAGUGCUGCCUCCAUGCCUGCCACCAGUCAUUGACAUUGACUACAAACUGCCAGGGGCGGCAGUAGAGGGCACCAGCAAGUGUCCAGUUGCCAGUGAAGUAGCCGCUUCCGUAUCUACUGUCCUCCAAGACGAGUUUUUGACUGAUAAAAGUCCUCCUGCACCCACAUCACUGCCUCUAAGGCUGCCCUGGACCCACAUUGACCACAAACACCCAGAGGAGACCGUUGAGAACACCACAGAGUGCUCAGUUGACAUAGGGGCAUGUGCAGUUGCAUCCACUGUCAAGAGAGAGGAAAUGAUGGGUGAUAAAAGCCCUGUCCAUGCACUUCCUCCAAGCCUGGCAUGCAUCCAUGACAAGGACCACAAGCAGCCAGAUCAGAAAGGGAGGGGCACUACUGAGGAGGUGGAUAUCUGUCCUCACGCUCAACAGCUGUUCUCAGAUGCUAACUUAACUCUGGCAACCCGCAAUGAUGAGCUGCCCACCCCUCUGAUCUGCGUGGUCACUAAGAUGCCUGUUAGAGUUGGAGCCUCCACAUGCAGUUCAGAGGGUGAGGAACCCAGGCCCUGGACCCUGGAAGAGGCAAAGUAUGGACCCAGGAAGUAA